CACGUGACAUAGUAAUAGUCACUGGCUUUAUAAUGAAGAGGUGGACGUCUUUCAGGGCACGCAAGAAAGAGAGGAGGGAGGAGAUAAAGAGAGGGUGAGAUAAGACAAUAAGGCAGGUAGAGAGUGUUCGGAUGAGAUUGCAUCAGGCUGACCCAACAAGAGGAGGAAACUGAAGAUUAACCUUCGUGUAACAGCCAAGAGAGAAGAAUUGUGCAAACAAACAACAAUAGAAGGAACAGAAGAAUAUCGAAGUAAUCCAACUGGAGUUAUAAAAAUUGUAAAAUGUCUCUAGUGGGCGCCCUGCCUUUCCUGAAACCGCGCCUAUCCCCUUCUGUUUCUCCUGGGCGCCAAAGAAGACACACACUGCCAGCAAGCGAGUUCCGGCCGCUCAACACUCAAGAUGCCAUCAGCGUGUUCGAAAUCGAGAAAGAGGCCUUUAUCUCUGUGUCAGGAGACUGCCCGCUCCACCUUGAUGAGGUGCGUCAUUUCCUCAUGCUGUGUCCAGAGCUGUCCAUGGGCUGGUUUGAGGAGGGGAGACUAGUAGCCUUCAUCAUUGGGUCCCAAUGGGACCAGGACAGACUCACUCUAGACGCCCUAACUCUUCACAAGCCCAAAGGUUCCACAGUUCAUAUCCAUGUGCUGGCGGUCCACCGGACCUUCCGGCAGCAGGGCAAGGGCCCUAUCCUGAUGUGGCGCUACCUGCAGUACCUACGCUGCCUGCCCUAUGUGCGCCGUGCAGUGCUCAUGUGCGAGGACUUCCUGGUUCCCUUCUACCAGAAGUCUGGCUUCAAGGUGCAGGGCCGCUGUUCCAUCACGGUGGCAUCACUGACCUUCACAGAGAUGCAGUACCCUGUGAGGGGCCAUGCCCUGAUGCGGCGCAACAGUGAAGCUAUUGGUUUUCCUCAGACUGCGUUAUUAUUGGAGAAACAGACUCAGAGGUUUGAGUCUGUGUUAUUAUUGGAGGAACCGAUUCAGAGGAGUGAGACUGCAUUGUUAUUGGAGGAACAGACUCAGAGGACUGAGCCUGAGCCUGCUGAUGUGUAAAUAUUUUUUUACUGAGUAAGAUAUUAGAUUCCUGCUGUACAUAUCAACUAUGAUGUAAAAUAAAGUGAUGUAAACAUUUACAUUUAUAUCUAAGAUGGUAGUCUAAAGUGCACACUAUACAUGACCAAUGCAGGGAGUCUUUAAGCUUUAUUACAAUGUUUUAAUUUCAGAUACCUAACGUUAGUUAAUAUGUUAACUAGCUACAUGCUAAUGAAUGUUAGAACAAAUAUUGUGUGACUUCUGUCUGUGUGAGAUUAUAUUUUUACUGCAAAUGUUCCCGUUUUAUUUAUUGUAAGUUUUGUCUGAAGGUUUGGGUUGCAAGCCCCCUCUUCUCUGACGGUAUAUGGACUGACGUCACUGACUACCAGGCUUUAGCAGCUCAACCGUGCCUCUUUAUCUCUAUUAGUGGGCAUUAGGUAUACUGUAAACGUCUGAGGAUUUACAAGAGGAUCCUUUCAUUGGACUGCCAGUAGAUCUAGUGACUUAACAAGCCCGUUUUCAUACGAUGAGAAAAGUAGGCUACAUCCACACCAAUUUGGAUUAAUCUGUUACUGAAACGGUUUGUCUAUUCAUUUCCCUUUGGGUCAUAUGUGCAGAGCGUUAAUCAAACCAUGUAAUAUCUUCUCUUACUCCACCAGAACCUGUCUUACCCUUGAAACCAAUCAUAUCUUUAAUAAAUAUGUUUUUGUACUGUUUUUGUUAUUAAAAAAUAUAAUAAAGAUGAUAAUGUAUUAA